GAAAAUUAAGCUGUAUGGAGUCUGUGUGGAGCGGGACGUGGUCAUGUGUCUGUCAUUGGGGAGAGAGGAAGCAGUAAGGCCCAUCACCUGGUGAUUAUUGAUGCUUAACACCUGUGUCUCAUUACAGUGACGACGGAGACAGGCUUGAAAAGGCCUCCGAGAAUGCCAGAGAGAUUGAGAGAUGCUGAGGCACACAAACACCGAACCUGAAUGCCGAAAAGCUGUUACUGUGACCGACGUUGUGCUAUUUAGUGUAAUUAAUGAAGCUGUGUGUGCUAAACAAUAGAGACUAGAGAUAUUUGUUGUGAAGCUGAAAAGCCAAAGACUGUGUUUGUGAAGCUGAAAAGCCAUUAAAGGUUGAUUUACCUGGACUGCAAUCCCGCUUCCCGCUUCCUACCUACUUGAAUCUUUUACAGUCUGUAAUGUCUUAAAGUCAUCAUUGUGCAGUUUUAAUGAAUAAUGUGAUUGUAGAUUAUGCCUUAAAAACUAUAUUAUUUGUAUUUAGAGCCCCAUAACCCUUUAUUUUGUGGCUGAUGAAGGCAUUAGUUGGUAAUUAAUUUAUUAUUUAGGUUAUUUAGAACAUCCCCUUUUCACAGAGAUUAAAUGAAGCCCAACUCUAUGAUCUUUAUUUCAGCUCCCAAAGCAGCCAAGAAACUGCACCUGGAACCCCCAAAACCUUGUAAAAGGAAGUCCCUAGAUGCUUCUUCCACCCCUCAAAAAUCAUUCCUGCAUCCCAAGGUGCUACCACAGCAUCGCCAUUCCUCAAUCCAUUAAUUUCCCCAAACAGCAGAACAGCCAUCACUGCCAUGUCAGCACUUCCUCAAGCUGCCGUCUCCAUCGUAACCAGCCCCGCCCCUUUCACAUGCCCUCCUGUACUCCCUUCUCACUAGGCUGCUAGCUCAGUUCCAGAUCCUACCACCAUGCUUACUAACUUCAGACAGCAAAACAAAAUAUCAAGCCCUGCCCAUCCCUAACGAAGCCCUCCUCUACCAGAAUCCUUUUGCUAUCCCUCCAGUCCCUUUCCCACCUGCUCCCGGAGAGAAUACCACCAUGAGGCUGCCUUCACAAUUAACAAGCGCUCUGGGUUUAACCUCCUACAGCCCAGUUCUCACUGUUCCUCCUCCACUCUCCAAUCUCCCUCAUGCAGGGGCCGAUCACAGCAUACGGUUACUUCCGCAAGCAGUAACUGCCUCCGCUUUCCCUACAGCAGCAAUGCUUGCCAAAACCCAACAAAGCCUCCUUCCUACACUCUAUUUACAGCUACUCCGGUAGCAGUUCCCUCCCACACCGUUGCUAUGGAGCCAUUGCUUGUCUCUAAAAUCCUCUGCUCCCAAAUACUACCAGGUUUGGAUGUGGAUCUUGCCUCCCGACUGUCUUCUAUCCCACAUAAAGGGUUGCAUCGCUCCAUGGACUGCAUUUCCUUCUCCGUCACCUUGAAAGAUUUAACCCCCAGCUCAAACCGCAUUCUCUCUUUCGUGGAAUUCUGCCUGGUAUUCACAGGAUUUUCAGAAAUAAUCUGUUCUGCCUUUCUGAACAGAUGUUAAGAACUAAAUUAUUACGUCCAUCAUCACUGAAUUGUCUCUUUCUUUUGAUGGUAGCCACUUCUAUACCUACCACAAAUUCCGCCAAAUGUGCCGUGAGAGUCACACAGUGGAACCAGUGUCCUCACUGGGGGCCCUGGAUUUCAAUCUCUAUAACAGAGUCUUCCAGGGAUGUCAUAACAUCUCCUUGCUAUAUGCCGAUAAACUGAUCACCCCUCAUCCACCUGCCCCUUGAUUUGCCAGAAUCCUUCAAAUCUAAAUCCAGCCACUGUACCCAUCAAAUCCAUCUCCUACGUACCGCAGUCCAGGAAUGAGAGCACCUCUUCGAGACCAAACUCAAAUCGCUCCACCGCCUCCACUUCAAGUUUCCAAACCUGCAACAAUUUUAAUGAAUUAAGAUGUUAUAGACAGCGCUGUCAAUUCUUGCUACAUUAAACAUUAGACAAUCUCUUAGUUGCCCAGGAAUGUUCUCUCAGUGCUCGCCAUGCAGAUUGUACUCCAAGGCCGUCCGUUUAUUUCCCACCUGCUUUUUAUAGCUUCAGCUGUCCCAUCUCUAAACGACCCCAUAUCCCUGAAUUCCCCCUGCAAAACAGACAUGAAACUUUGGAUUUCGUUCCUCAGAAAAUGGAACAGACUCACCUUCUUUUACGAAGAUCACAUCUCUCUCGCCUCAGACCUCCAUUUAUUCACCAAUGCAGCCCCAUCCGGCGGUUUCGGUGGAUACUAUCAAGGUCGCUGCUUCACGUCUCACUGGACUCCAGAGCUUACCAAUUUUGCGCCUUCAUCCUCAUCCUCCAUGCUCUAUGAAUUGUAUCAUAUCGUUGUGGAAAAGAGUGGUCGUCUAAAAGCGUGCUAUUUCACUGUGACAAUGUGGCUGCAGUUUAUAGCAUCAAUAAAAGACAAUCUAAUUAUCCUGAUUUAAUGUUGUUCCUGAGACGUCUAAUUUGGAUCUCCGCAUGCAACCAAUUCAUUGAUAAAGCUGAACAUAUUCCAGGAUAUAAGAAUCAAAUUGCUGACUCACUUUCCCGUUUUGCCUUUCAGAAAUUCAGGACAUUGGCUCCUCAUGCAGACCCGUCACCCACCCCAGACCAACCAUUUUUGGAGAUGUCAUUCCAAUCUGACGGAGGUGGUUCCUGAGACCGAACGACUUGACAGCAGCCUACAGAAAGCCAAAGCACAACUGUCAAUCAAAACCAGGAGGCACCGCCCCUCUCGAACCCGCCUGAGAGACAGUUUGAGCUCCAUAGAUGGAGAUGACAGCAUUGAUAGAAUGAGUUUUGGAGGUUCACUGCAGACCUCCUGUUCUUCUCAUCACCCCUCCUUUCACUGCUCCUCUCCCUCCUCCGACCUCCUCCUCUCCUCCCCUUCCUCACAGAGAGACCGAGACUUCACCUUUGACCUCUGCACUGUGGCUGGAGACAGGGAUGUACACGAUGAGAGGCGGAGCUACAGACACCUCCUGAACACCUCCUCUCAGGUGGCUUUACCUCACACCCCAUCUAAAUCCCCCACCAAACCCUGCAGCAUCCAUUCAGAGACGUCUUCUCCAGCACACCUGUGUCAGAUGCGUGAGGGGAGUCAACCGCUCCUACACUAUGGAGAAUACUCACACAGUGAAGUGUUCUUUGGAGAAAACCACCAAGUCAUCAUGACUACUUAUGACAGUCACGACACAGGUCCUGAUGAACCGGACAGUCCAACAGUGCUGCUGGAUAAGAAAACCAGGAGACGAUUUCUUGAUCUGGGGGUCACUUUACGUCGCACGUAUGGGAAGGUCAAGAAAGACAGAUCGAACAGACUAUCAGCAGAAAAUCGGGAUUCAGAGAGAACAGAGAGCCAGUCCUCACGUUCUUCUGGUCCACCGUUUGUGCCUUUCUCCUGGUUCAGUGAAAGAAUCAGAGGCUCUGGCUCCCCCAAGAACACACAGUCUCCAAACAAACCUUUCACACAGGGCUCCAGCACUGAUGAGGACUUCGAUUCUUCAGUGGGUUUACUGGAUGACUGCAAGACUGAGUCAUCACAACCAUAUCAGAUCCUCCCGGAGCACUCCGAUGGGAAUGACUGUGACAGCAGUCGCAGCACAGAUUUCAGUUUUAAAAAGAAGAUGCUUUCUGCGGCUGGUAAAGACAGAGACAGGACAGAGAGACAGAACGGUGUCUAUGGGAAACGAGACAGUGGGAAAAAUGGACACAGUGAAGAAGGACAAAAAUUACUGACCACUUGAUGGCGUUUCUGAAAGACUGAGUAUUACACACUGCAGGUGCCAUUAUUACUGUUCAAUAUUGAGUUUGCUUUCACAAUGUAUAACUGAUGGACAUAUUAAUAAAGAUUACUUCCAAUUACA